GUGAAAAGAGUCUUUGCUCGUUUCAAAACAACUUUCUGUCUCCGGCUUGGACGCGUUUCUGUGACGGAGCCAGCGGCCGGACAGCAUGUCCUCAGCCGGGACAAGGACACAAUGGACCGGCACCUGAUGGAGCUCCAUCCGAGGGUCAUCGCAGCCGUCAGGAGAGCCCGGCUCCAGUCCUUCAGGGAGGUCCUGAGUGUCUCCAGUCCAGACCUGCAGAGACUCACCGGCCUGUCGGCCUCAGACGUCCAGCAGCUGCUCACCACGGCGGCCACCGGCUGCAGACGCCACCCUCCAGUCCCAGCCCUGCUGCUCCACCGCCGGCCGGAGGGCCUCCGGCUGGGGCUCGGCUGCCCCGUCCUGGACCGGCUGCUGAGGGGGGGGCUGCCUGUGGGGGGGGUGACCGAGCUGUCGGGAGAGAGCGGCGCAGGGAAGACCCAGCUGGCGCUGCAGCUCUGUCUGUCUGUCCAGUACCCCACACAGUACAGAGGGCUGGAUUCAGGAGCGCUGUACAUCUGCACUGAGGACCCGUUCCCCAUCAGACGUCUGCAGCAGCUGAUCCGGCAUCAGGCCCGUCUGCGCGCCGACGUCCCUCCGGCCCUCGUCAGCAGACUCCAGUUCAGCGAUCGCGUCUACAUCGAGCACGCCGCCGACCUGGACUCGUUGCAGGUGUGUCUGUCUCGCCGCGCCCCCCUGCUGCUGGCGCGGGGGCUGGUCCGGCUGCUGGUGGUGGACUCGGUGGCGGCUCUGUUCAGGUCUGAGUUCCAGGCUGCUGAUUGGCUGGCGAAGACUAAACGGCUCCUCACCCUGUCCUCCACACUGCAUCACCUGAGCCUGGAGUUCACCACACCGGUCCUGUGCAUCAAUCAGGUGACGGAUGUCUUCAGCAGCUCGGCCUGCGUUACGGGGCCCCUGUCCUCCAGCGUGGCCCCGGCUCUGGGGCUGGCCUGGGCCAAUCAGGUGAUGGUCCGGCUCAUGAUGCGCCGGCUCCACAGGACGCUGAUCCACGGCGACCAGAGCAGCGCCCUCCGCAGGCUGGAGGUGGUGUUCGCUCCUCACCUGCCCAGAAGCGGGUGCGAUGCCGGAGUGUGGAGGGAGGGGGUCAGAGGAGCGUCGGGGGAGGGAUCAGAGGAGCGGGGGGGGGGGGGGGGGUCAGAGGAGCAGUGGGGGAGGGGUCAGAUGAACCUGACUUCUGUUUAA